AUGUCUGCAAUGAUUCGAUCUCGCGUUGUCUCUAUUAUAUCGAAGAAAAAUCGUCCAUUUUGUUCGAGCGUACAUACGGAUCCUUCCAAAGGACCGGUCAUUUCUUCUUCUUCUUCUUCUUCUUCUUCUUCUUCUUCUUUGCUCAACAAUCAAGCUCCGCCACUACCCAAUUCUCCUCCGCCACCACCUCCCUCGACUGCAGCAGAGAAGAAACCAUGGAAUUUUCUUAAGUACAGUCUCCUCGCGGCACUGACCGGAGGCGUUUCUACCGCUAGUUACGCCACCUAUGCAUACAGUUUGGACGAAGUUGAUCAGAACACAAAGAGUUUGCGUGCAUCUGCAAAUUAUGAAAUAGAGGAUGAUGCAUCUGCUCUUGAUAAAUUUCAAGCUUUGCUGUACUCUGCUGUAAUGACAGGUGGAGGAGUGCACGUGCACGUGCACACGUGUUUUGGAACCAUUGCUGAUUUCCACUUGAUGGAGGUUUAUAUUUUAAACUGGGGUUGUUACGUGCCCGCUAAGUUGGUCGAACUUUACUUAGGUCUGAGGAGGUUAUCUGAAGAACAUGUCCGAGUGAGUAACUAUAACUUUUUCCUACCUGUCUACUUGUCAGGUUUUACUGAACCAACCUCAGAUAAGCUCCUGCCAGAUUUGCACCCCAUGGAGCAGCAUGUCUUUACACUUGUUCUAGACCUAAAUGAGACACUGGUAUACUCUGAUUGGAAGGUAAAGAGGCUACUAUGGACAGGUUGCUUCCGUGAAAGAGGCUGGCGAACAUUCAAAAGACCUGGUGUUGAUGCCUUUCUGGAGCAUCUAGCUCAAUUUUAUGAAAUCAUAGUAUUUUCUGACCAACUGCCCAUGUAUGUUGACCCUGUUGUUGAGAGAAUGGACACAAAGCAUGUUGUACGCUAUAGGCUAUCAAGGGGCGCGACAAGAUAUGCAGAUGGGAAGCAUUAUAGAGACCUCUCAAUGCUGAACAGAGAUCCCUCAAGGAUUCUCUAUGUGAGCGGUCAUGCACUAGAAAGUACCCUUCAACAAGAAAAUAGUGUACCAAUAAAGCCAUGGACUGGUGAAGCAGAUGAUACGGCACUUCUGGAUCUUAUUCCAUUUCUUGAAUAUGUUGCGCGUCAUAGGCCAGCUGAUAUCCGCCCUGUACUAGCUUCAUACCAGGGGCAUGAUAUUGGCAAGGAGUUCAUUGAACGCACUAAGGAGCAUCAGAGGCGAAUGCAAGAGCAAAAGCAGCAGGGCCGUCUCUGGCGACGCUGAGGCCAGUAAGAGGCCACUAAUAUUUGGAACUAGUUGAGAGGUAUUAUGAAUUUAAAGUCCUCUUUGAAUGAGGGAAGAGACAAAUUUAAGAGCCCUAAUCAAAUUACCUUAUGGUCCCGGGCCCCGAAAAGUUCGUGGCAUUUGUGUAGUAGGUUAUUUUGCCCCUUUUCUAGUAUUUUUCCAAAUUUUCAUAGUACUGAAUCAUUUGGAUUAGGAUCUUUUUUAGUAUAUUUUUUUUUUUGUGGUCUUUUUAAUUUAGGUGCAAAGAUUUUUGUUGGACGUCGUUGUUGGUAUAAUGAAAAGAGCCGGUGAAAAAGUCUUCGUCGUCGCCCAGGCGGCACGGGGCAUUCAUUUUUAUUAA